AAAAUAUGCGUCAUGUGCCUUCGCUGACCUAGCAACCAAUGGGAGCGUGGGGCAAGUCUCUUGGAGAUUGACUCUGAAGGAAGGUACUGGCCGUAACGAGUUGAAUUCUGCCGCGAAGUUGGAAUAGAAUUCCGCUUGGUGAAGAUGUCGGGGCGCAGCACGAAAGUCCAAGGGCGGGCGAGAAAUACCCGGGUUGAGGAGAUGUGUGUGUUUUCCCAGAAGAGAAAAGCAGGGUCUGAUCCAGAACCAGAACUUGUGGUGAAAGCAGAACCAGAUGAAGAGAAUAAUGUUGCUACAGAUGUUUGCGAUGGAGAGGCAAGCACUAGUAUAAAAACAAAGCUAAACCCCUGCUGGGAAUGGGAAGGAGAUGGUGGCAUUUGGAUUCCAUUUUCCCCUGAGCUCAACACUCAGAUUGAUUUGUCUUUUCAGUACAGGGAAACGAUUUGUGAAGGUCUCACCAGCUGCAGGGGUGUCUCUACAGAUAGAUAUGCAGAAAAUGGUCCAGAAAAACAUACAAAGUGGGUUUCAGAGACCUGUCCGACUGGUAGUACAAGAUUGUGACAAAUAUUUUGUGUGGCAGUGGCGAUCUGAUAAAGGGGCCUGGAUUUCAUAUGAUGCUUGCACAUGUGUAGCUCUGGAGGCAGGAUUUCAGUCAAAAGCUAAGGUGGUGCCUGUAAGCUUGGGGGAUCACACAUACAUCAUCGAUCUACAAAAGAUGGUGCAAAAGAAUAGCCAAACUCAAUUUGAAAGACAGAUUCAACGCUGCUUAUCUAGUUCUGAUCUUGCUCCUAUGAAAAAGAGCAUCAUUAGAGCACCUGCGAAGAGAGCCCGUGGAAGCAAAAGUGUCAAAAAUGUAGAAUAUGAAUCCGAGCAGAAUAAAGAACAGGUUAGGACUCUGCUAAUGAAAGGCAAAGCUCCAGUAGAUCCAGAAUGCUCCAAUAAGCUGGGGGAGGCUCAUGUGUUCUAUGAGGGAAAUGAUGUGUAUGAUGUCACGUUGAACCAGACCAACCUUCAGCACAAUAACAAUAAAUUCUACCGAAUCCAACUACUGGAAGAUGAUGGUGUGAAACAUUUCUCUGUUUGGAUGCGUUGGGGAAGAGUUGGCAAAGUUGGAAAGAACAAUCUGGUUUCCUGUGGAAGCGAUCUACAAAAAGCAAAAGAUAUUUUCCAAAAAAAGUUUUUUGAUAAGACUAAGAACUUAUGGACUGAGCGAGCACAGUUUGAAAAAUGCGCUGGAAAAUAUGAUAUGCUGCAGAUGGACUAUAAUGCAACUGAGCCGGAAAAUGAGACCGCAGUGAAGGAAAAGAGCCUUUCUGACAUUCCUAAACCUGAAUCCCAGCUGGACAGCAAUAUCCAAGAGUUGAUUGAACUGAUUUGCAAUCUAAAGGCCAUGGAGGAGACUAUACUUGAGAUGAAGUUUGACACAAAGAAAGCUCCCCUAGGGAAACUGACGGUUGAACAGAUCCGUGCUGGCUACUGCUCUUUGCAACAUAUUGAAAACUGUAUUAAAAAACGAAAGUUUGGCCGGGAUCUCCUUGAAGCAUGCAAUGAGUUUUACACACGCAUUCCCCAUGACUUUGGGCUACGUACACCUCCUCUUAUUAGGACGAUGGAAGACAUGACCGCAAAAGUUCAGCUAUUAGAAGCGCUGGGUGAUAUUCAGAUUGCAGUGAAGUUGGCAAGCACGGAGCUCGGCUCUCUGGAACACCCUAUCGACAGACAGUAUCGGCAGUUAAAUUGUUCUAUGCAACCCUUGGACAAAACAUCCAGUGCUUUCCAGCUCAUUGAGGACUAUCUGCUGAGCACUCAUGCUCCAACACACAAUGAUUAUACCAUGACUCUCCUGCAGGUCUUUGAGUUACAGCGAGUGGGAGAAGAGAGCAACUUCAGAGCAGACCUCCCUAACAGGAUGCUGCUCUGGCAUGGGUCUCGGCUAACUAACUGGGUCGGGAUCCUUAGCCAGGGGCUAAGAGUGGCCCCUCCAGAGGCUCCAGUAACUGGGUACAUGUUUGGAAAAGGAAUAUAUUUUGCUGAUGUCUCGUCAAAAAGUGCAAAUUACUGUUUCUCAUCCCGGGACAAGAAUGAGGGCAUUCUUCUACUGUCUGAGGUUGCUCUUGGUGAUUGCAAUGAGAUUCUUGCUGCAGAUUAUGAUGCCCAAAAGAAGCUAAAGUCAAAGCACAGCACAAAAGGAUUGGGAAGGAGCAUCCCAGGCCCCAAAAAGAGCAUCAUUCAUGAAGGAGCAGUGGUUCCAUUGGGCCCACUAAUAGGCACAACACCGAUAAAGAACAGAGGCUACAAAGGCUACAGAGGCUACAAACUAAAUUACAAUGAGUACAUUGUUUAUGACCCUCAUCAGGUUCGCAUGAAGUAUCUGCUGAAGGUCCGUUUUAACUACAGGUCCUUAUGGUAGAAUCUUUGAAGAUGCAUCAAAUCUGCUUGUGCUCCUUCUGUAAGCAAUUGCAGAAGAAUGCAUGUAUGUGUUGUUCCUGGCAUUAGAAGUGCUCAUAAUGAUAUAUGUUUCUUGUUCUAACUAAUUAUAUACUUUUAAAUAUGUUGCUGCUUUUCUUUAUUGGCUCAUUAGUUCAGGACAUUGGUUCUGCAUUAAAUGAAUUAUUAACCUUAA